AUGAAGAUUACUACCGUCACCGGCGCCCUCGCCUUUGCCCUCUCCGCCGCCGCCGCCCCCGGCGCCGUCACUUCCACAAGCAAACGUGGCGGCAAGGCCACCUGCCCCGUCAACGCCGCCCAGCCCGAUGGCAGCCUCGGAAGCUCCUACGUAUCAACCAGCCUUCUGGUCCCCAUCUCCAAAAACCUGCCCAAUCUCGCUUUCCCGGCGACUCAAUGGGCGCAGGUGACGCCCAACGAUGUCUGCACCGUCUUCAACCUCGAGUUACCCGUGGCUCAGACUCAGGGCAAGGUGUGCAACCUCGUCUUCGACUUCCCGUCCUGGGACCAAGCCCCCGGAAAGUUCGUUUUCCUGGGCCCGGGUACCUUCAAGUUCACCGGCUACGCUAUCGGAGUCGGGGCCGUCGCCGGCCAGACCACGUACAACAAGCAGCCCGCUCCCGGCCCUAGCCCGCCGAACCCCCCGCCGACGAUGACUCCGGGACACAGCUAUAUUGUGAACAGUGCCCCGUGCGGCAUUCCGGCUGAGGUGCCUGGCAGCGUGACUGUUUCAGGAAGUCUUUGCUCGCCGGAUACCACUUUCUCUUUCCAGCAAAGUCACAAUGGCUGCCCGUUGGGAUUCUUCGUCGUCUUUACCGAUGCGUAA